AUGGACGAUGAUGUACGACAGGAAAUUCUCCAACGAACUCUACAGGAGGUGGAGGAGGCUGAUGUCGCCAAUCCCUGUGUCAUUUGUCUAGACAAAAUCACCGAACCCUGCGUGGCACAGCCAUGUCAUCAUGAAAACUUCGACUUCCUGUGCCUCGUCAGUUGGCUGGAGGAACAGCCUACCUGUCCACUAUGUAAGAGCGAGCUGACAGCCGUGAAAUACGAAGUCCAAACCCCGCAAGGCCCGAAGCUGUACAAGGUCCCACCGCGGACCACGAAGCCUCCCACCUCAACGGCACCUCGAUCGCGUCCAGGAGCUCGUCAUGGCCCGCGAGGAGGGCGCAACUUUACACAACCGCCGCGUCCACAGCCCGAUGAUCCGCUCCAACGCCGGCGCAAUGUGUAUCGCAAUCAAACAUACUCCAUGCGUGUCGGGACCAAUCGCCUAUCGCAAUACCGAGAAAUGACACCGGAUCUCUUCAAUCGCGAUGAAGAGCUCGUGAGACGAGCUCGGAAGUGGAUCCGCCGUGAAUUGAAAGUAUUCAGCUUCUUGAACCCCGAGGCGGAAGAGGAAGAGCGGACGCCUCAGCAAGUGUCACGUCCGGGACACCAACGGCUGGAGAAUCGCAGAGCGAACAAUGCCGAGUUUCUUCUUGAGUAUGUCAUCGCCAUUUUGCGAACGGUCGAUCUCAAAGGUAGUACUGGACAAGCGGAGGAGCUGUUGCGCGAUUUCAUCGGACGUGAGAAUGCUCGUUUGUUCAUCCAUGAAUUGCAGGCGUGGCUGAGAAGUCCCUACACAUCCUUGGAGGACUGGGACCGCCAUGUGCAGUAUCCGAAUACUGCGCGAGGUACUUCCGACAGAGGAGAAGGGGAAUCUCAUGAGUUUGAUCGCAGUCCGCGUUCUGUGAGCAAUCGGGGCAGGGCUCAAUCGUUUCGACGACGGCCAUACAGAUCACGGUCUCAAGAGGCGCUUGAUCGGUCUAGGCGGCUGCAACAUGCUCAGCAACGAUAUCACCCGUAUUGA